CAAGCAGUUUGAUCGUUCCUAAUCCUAAUCGCGUGUGUGUGUCCCGUUCUGUGUGCCCUUCCAGUGAACAGUAAGUGAUGGCAUUUUCGGUAAAGAAGCGCACCAACAACCGGCUAAAUGAGAUUGAAAAGCUUCCAGGACCGGUAGAAUUUUUGCCCAAUAGCUAUGGAGAUCGUUUUAUUCCACGUCGUUACGCUCUGUCCCGAUCGAGCCGCUUCAAGGCGGAAAGCAAACCUGAACAAAAAGUUGAUCCAAUGGUGAUGAAGGAUAUGCCAGGUUACUGGCGAACACACCACUACUCAUCCGUGCUGAGGAAUGUAUUCGAGCUGGUAUCGACAAACGAUAACAUUUUGUCAUUUAACGAUAGUACCACCCGUCAGGUGUGUAGUCUCCUCUCCAUGAAGCGGAAGGUGAAAUGUGUCGUUCGUCCGACGUACAGUAACAUCCAGCGGCUGGACUGGAGCUGUCACCCGCGCUCUAAACCUAUUGGAUUCAUAGAGGCAGUGCAUGAUAUGCCUAAUAUCAAGGCGCACUACCACAAGAUCAUUGACUGGUCGGUCGCUGGACAGAUAGCAGCACUCUUUAGUAAGAAGCUUGUGAUCUGGAAACCCAAAACAGAUGUGAUCAUAGGGCUGCGGGCACAGUUCACGACAUCUAUAGCAUUCAACCCGGCCGGCGAUCGGUUAGCGAUUGCUAUGUUUAUGAUGAGCCGUCCGUGGCUCGACAUUCUGAACGUCGAGGCCAAUGCUAUCGGGAGCCAUGGCGCGCUGAAAAUGCUCGAUCCUGUGGAACACCCGGUCAGUUGCCUUAUCUGGGACGGCAGUGGUCACAAUGUGGUGUGCGGGUUUGGCAACGGUCAGAUCUCAAUCGUACCGAUACACACCAAGAGCCUGUGCAAGGACGCGCCGAACAACAACUAUUGCGUCCACAAGGCUUUGAUCAUCGCGAUCAAGUUUUCCUGCGGGUUCAAGUACAUGGCCACUGCGGAUGAUCUUGGCAAGCUGUACAUCUGGUACUGGAACGGUGGUCACCUUACCCCGAUUACUUGCUGGGCCAGCUCGAUGUGUGCCUUCAUCGACUGGCAUCCAUGGCGUGAGGAUGAGAUUGUUAUCGGAUGUUUAAUUUUAUUAGCCGACAGCGAACCGAUCAUGAUCGCACUGUACCACGUACCGAGCCGCGAGGUGGUGUCGUACUAUCGACGGCAGGACUGCGAUUGUAUCGUGACGAUGCUUUCGUUCAAUAAGAUUUCCGGCGAGCUGGUCGUGUGCUAUUCCUUCACGGAUACGAACAAGCAGCCCGAAAUACUUGUGCUCGCCUCGAUGGACCGUGUGGUGGAUGUGAUGCGCAAUCACGAUGACGCCAUCGUACAACUCCUGUGGAGCCCGGAUGGAAAACAGCUCGCCAGCGUAGGAUAUGAUGAAACGCUCACGAUUUGGAACUUCUUCGGCAUCCCACCGUCGAACGAGUGCAAGAGGACCAAACUGCAAUGUGAAGCGAUGGCCAGUAGCAGUAGCUCACGGGGUGGAUCCGUUGUCGGUGGGCUAGCAGGUUCGCGCGUCCACUCGAACCGUAACAAAGAAGCCAGCUAUCGCGAUCUGGCCUCGAGUUUUCUUUUCAAGGCAAUGCGCUGAUGCGCUCCCCGUAGGUCUCGUAGGCCUUACUGCAGGUUCGAUAAGAGCGAGAACGAGUCCGUCUGAGGAAGCAUGCAGUCAUCGAAUGCGAAUAGGUAAUUAAAUUAGAGACAUAAAUAAUUGCAGAACGCAGAGGGAAAUGAAGACAAGCCUUUUCCACCCACACAUUACAGGCACAGUUGUUACUGAACGUUUGUGCAAUCCGCUGAGUCGUCGGUAGUCACAGGCGAGUUAUUUUCCUUUUGUCAUAUAAUUCCAUAUCAUUUUUAAUGUAAUAUUUAUUUGAGCUAGUCGAAACAUUAUGUGUGGGAUGUAAUUUAAUAGAUCCUCAAGCGAUAGCUUUAAAACAUUGUUAGCAACUUGUGACCUUUAUGUGCAGAAAAAUUCAUAGUCAUGUAAUAUUUCCUACCAUCGAUCGUGUUGUUCCUUGCUUAGGGCUGCCCUGUGUGGCAGUAACUUUGCUAGCCCACACCACACUUGACACAUUCGAAAAAAGGUGCAGCAUGUAAAACUCCGCUAUAUUUUGUACACCUGACAGCCCCAUGCCAAGCGGAUCUGCCACCGUGCU